UUAAAGCGGAGUUCCACUCACACUGUAAAAAAAGAAAAAGUCAGCCGCUACAAAAACUGUAGCUGCUGACUUUUAAAAAACAGCCACUUACCUGUCCCUCGGUCCCGUGGUGUGUCCCCUGCAGCCCGUUUCACCGGCCGUCCUGUAUUCCAGGAGGCCGGCAUCUUCAGUGUGGGCACCCGGCUGUGACAGCUUGCUGCUUCACAGCCGGGUACCCACUGCGCAUGCGCGAGAGUAGCAGUGUGCUUCCUGAAUGGCCCUGUCGUCUUCUGGGACCUGUCACAUGUCUCAAAAGACGACGGGGCCAUUCAGGAAUCUCAGCACUUCUCGCGCAUGUGCAGUGGGCACCCGGCUGUGAAGCCUCAAGCUGUCACAGUCGGGUGCCCACACUGAAGAUGGAGAUGAAGAUGGGACACCAGAAGAUGGAACACCAGAUGGCUGGC